ACACAACGGUUAACCUGCCAAACAGGCCAAGUGACUAGGCACACGACGUUAGCACGUUCAGGUCUCUCACAAACUUGUAUUAAUCUCUUUGGUCCAAUGGCGUUACACCUGUGCUUCGUGAGGCCCGCCAGGAUGAGCCUGCAGCGAGCCGUCGACGACGACGACGGCGCCAUGACGGCGGCCGAGUUCAAGGAGUGGCUCCGGGGGUUCGACGCGGACGGGGACGGGCGCAUCAGCCGCGACGAGCUGCGGCGCGCGAUGCGGGUGCUGCGUGUGCGGUUCACGGGGCGGCGGGCCAGGCGCGGCAUCAGCUACGCCGACACCGACGGCGACGGAUACAUCGACGACAGCGAGAUCGACGGCCUCGUCGAGUUCGCGAGGAGGAACCUCGGCGUCCGGAUCGUCGCAUGUUAGGAGAACAGAGUUCUACGUACUGCCUACGUACGUGCCGCGUGCACGGGAUGACUCAUGUAACGAGAAUAAGGUCAUCUCAGAUGCGAAAAUUAGUAUGUUCUGUAGUUUUGCUUCUUUUCCACUACAACUGAAGCCGUGCGCUGAAUUAUAUAGUAGCCUAGUAGGUGCAUGGCUUGCGCAGUUGCAUGACUGGCUAGUGUUGCUACUGCUCGCUAUCAAACCGUUUAGUAAGAGUUUCAUGCAGCUGCAUAGAAAUUAUCAUUUUCCCUUUUCCUUGUGUGAAUGUACAGUAUACUUUCUCCGAACUGACUGAAAAAUGUAAGUCGCGUCUGGAUUUACAAGACCCCACCAUUUGUGCACGCACCUUGAUUCCUUGAAGUUCUCGGAAAAUGUAAGGAAAAAACAUGGCUAUGCAAAUCUGUACCUACAACAU